CACCGUGCAUGUAGUCAGUUUUGAACUGUUUAGUUGUCCCCACCCCCUCACUUCCCUCCUGUUAAUCCUCUAGCAUCAGCAGCAGACACCGAGGCUAACAAAGCGCUACUUUGACUUCAGUUCAACAAUCUUCUAACCAAUCACUACCGAUGGCAGCAAUUAGGAAAAAGCUGGUUAUAGUGGGAGAUGGAGCCUGUGGGAAGACCUGCCUGCUCAUUGUAUUCAGCAAGGACCAGUUUCCUGAAGUCUAUGUGCCCACAGUGUUUGAGAACUACGUCGCUGACAUUGAAGUUGACGGAAAACAGGUUGAAUUAGCGCUCUGGGACACAGCAGGUCAAGAGGACUAUGACCGACUCCGCCCACUCUCUUAUCCAGACACUGAUGUCAUACUCAUGUGCUUCUCCAUCGACAGCCCAGACAGUCUUGAGAACAUCCCUGAGAAGUGGACCCCUGAGGUGAAACACUUCUGCCCCAACGUUCCCAUCAUACUGGUGGGAAAUAAAAAGGAUUUGCGUAACGAUGAUCACACUCGGAGGGAGCUAGCUAAAAUGAAGCAGGAACCCGUGAAACCAGAAGAUGGCCGGGAUAUGGCCAACAGGAUCGGUGCCUUCGGAUACAUGGAGUGCUCUGCAAAAACAAAGGAUGGCGUGAGGGAAGUGUUCGAGAUGGCCACCAGGGCUGCACUACAGGCCAGGCGGGGAAAGAAGAGCAAUAAAUGCGUCCUACUGUAAACUGGGGCAUGAGGACUGCUUCCUGCAGGGGGUAGAAGGAGAAUUAGGUCAACCCUACCCCCAGAUAAACACACACAAAGACUGCUCUCCCCUGUUUUUACUAAAGGUGUAAUGCUUCUACUGUUUUGUCUUAAGCAAAAGUAGUCAGGUCAUCAGUAUUCAACUUUAAGGUUAUGGAAAAUACUUUUUUGUACUUUUAACAUGAGUAAAAUUUGCCAUAAUGAAAGCUCCUUAAACAUGUUGUAUGUAAUUGUAAAGGUCACCCCAGGGUGCUGUUGUGUCAUACUUGCCAACUACAGUUAAGUGCUUAAGCCCUGCCUGCUGAUCUGAGGAAUGUGUCCACAGCCAACUAGGGUGAAGAACCUGCACACUGUGACCUGUAGUCCUUUAACUAUUCCAACAAACUGAGGCACGCAGCGACUCUAAACCCUGCAGCGUGCCUCCUAAUAUUAAAAACAAUCCUCUGUGCAUUGUGAUCCAAUGCACACUAUUAUACUGGAAACUGGUUUUGCUAAAAACACAAGUGUUUUGUGUAAUAAAUUACUUUGUAAGAAUCUUGA